AAAUUUUCAUAUCACCACUAACGGGAAGAGCAGUGGACAUUUAAAUAUUAUUAUUUGUAUAAAAGUUUUAUAACGAUAUGGCCGGUUGCUGUGAUACAACACUGGCCGCAAUUAUGAAAUGGCGCAUAGCGUUGAUAUAUCGAUGAUCUCGCCACCAACAUCGUCUUCCAUAUCCAACGAUCAGGAUCCAUUUGGACAAUUGCCACCGCUGUUACCGCCACUGCGUUCAACACAAGUCUUACAACCUUUAACGGUAUUUCCAGUGUCCAAUUUGAGUGAAGAUUCAUAUGACUAUGUGUUUGGUGGUCGACGCAAGACUCCGCCUUCUACAACAGCACUUAAGUUGACCUCGCCUCCAGUUAGAUUGAGACCCGAGGACGCCUAUACAAAUACACGCAACAGUGGUAGUGGUGGUUUCGCUAGUUCAAAUACAAAUAACGGUAAUACAGCUGGUCGUUUUUAUCGUCAUUCAUUCAGUUAUGUACCAAAACGUUCUCGUCACUCACAAAACGAACGUGAACGAAAUGCAAAUUACGAAUCGAGAUUAAGAUGUCAUGGCGAAGAUGAAGCAACCCUGCGGCAACUGCUACUUGAUUUGCAAAAGCAAGUUAGCGUGAUGAGUAUGAAUCUUUCGGCUAAAUUAGAUGAGCUUCAAAGAGGCGAUCGUCACUUGGAGACAACAGUCGCCUUGUGUGAAAUACGAACACAACUACAGGAAUUAACGAAAUCCGUGGAAAGUUGUCAAAGCGAAGUGUCCGAGGUUAAACGUGACAUGGUUGCGAUUAAACACGAACUGGACACCGUACAACAAGUCAAAGAAGAAAUCGAAGAGCUACGCGAAUAUGUCGACAGAUUAGAAGAGCACACGCACAGAAGGAAGCUAAGACUUUUAGAACAAGUUUGUAGCUUAAAUUAUUUGCCAUGUUGUGGUCUUACCUUUUUCCUAACAUACUCAAUAUUUUCGGCGGUAUUGGGUAUGUUACAGUUCGGUUAUAAUACCGGUGUGAUAAAUGCGCCCGAAAAGAAUAUUGAAAACUUUAUGAAGGAUGUGUACAAAGAUCGUUUUGGCGAGGAUAUCAGUGAAGAAUUCAUACAACAGCUGUACUCGGUGGCGGUGUCAAUAUUUGCCAUUGGUGGUAUGCUGGGCGGUUUCAGUGGCGGUUGGAUGGCAAAUCGCUUCGGAAGAAAGGGUGGUUUAUUAUUAAAUAAUGUGUUGGGUAUAACUGGUGGCUGUUUAAUGGGUUUUACCAAAGUUAGUCAUUCCUAUGAAAUGUUAUUCCUUGGCCGUUUUAUAAUUGGUGUUAAUUGCGGUCUCAAUACAUCAUUAGUGCCAAUGUACAUUUCCGAAAUUGCCCCUCUAAAUUUAAGAGGUGGCCUAGGUACUGUUAAUCAAUUGGCUGUGACUGUAGGUUUACUAUUAUCCCAGGUAUUGGGUAUUGAACAAAUUUUAGGAACCAAUGAUGGCUGGCCCAUUCUAUUGGGUCUGGCCGUGUGUCCUGCAGUUUUACAAUUAAUCUUACUGCCGGUAUGUCCAGAAUCUCCUAGAUAUCUGUUAAUUACCAAACAAUGGGAAGAAGAAGCUAGAAAAGCACUCAGACGUUUACGUGCCUCAAGUACCGUCGAUGAAGACAUCGAAGAAAUGCGUGCCGAAGAGCGUGCCCAACAAUCCGAAAGUCAUAUAUCCACAAUGGAACUGAUAUGUUCGCCCACACUCAGAGCCCCUCUGAUUAUUGGCAUUGUUAUGCAGCUAUCGCAGCAAUUCAGUGGUAUCAAUGCUGUUUUCUAUUACUCAACAUCACUGUUCGUUAGUUCGGGGCUAUCGGAAGAAAGCGCCAAAUUUGCGACAAUAGGCAUUGGUGCUAUCAUGGUGGCAAUGACAUUAGUAUCAAUACCUCUGAUGGAUCGAACCGGUCGUCGUACCCUACAUCUAUACGGCUUGGGUGGCAUGUUUAUAUUCUCGAUAUUCAUAACAAUAUCAUUUUUAAUAAAGGAAAUGAUCGAUUGGAUGUCCUAUCUGUCGGUGGUGUCCACACUGGGCUUUGUGGUCUUCUUUGCGGUGGGUCCCGGCUCAAUACCAUGGAUGAUCACGGCCGAGCUCUUUUCACAAGGUCCAAGACCCAGUGCCAUGGCCAUAGCUGUAUUGGUAAAUUGGAUGGCCAAUUUCGUUGUUGGCAUUGGAUUCCCCAGUAUGAAGACUGCUUUGGAAAAUUAUACAUUCUUACCGUUUAGUGUAUUCUUAGCCAUAUUUUGGAUAUUCACCUACAAGAAGGUUCCUGAGACCAAAAAUAAGACAUUCGAAGAAAUAUUGGCUCUCUUCCGUCAUGGAAAUGGAAGGAGUACGCAAAACUUCACAAAUAAUUCGGAGCCACAGAGCAUGAAUUCGGGCAUCGAACAUGCCGCCCUCAUGGUGUCUGAGGAGAAAACCCAACAUGAUUCACUCUUUGGUCAAACUUCAUUUUCAUUAACGGUUGAAGGCAUGGGUCCAUAUCCGUUAAGUGAUAGCACCAAUCUCUUGGGACCGACAACUAGUUUGGCCCCAAAUGCAUCGUGUUAUACGAAUUACGGUACCAACAUCCAUACACCAGUACCAAUACGAAAAUGUUACUAUGAUUAUCAUUAUGAUCGGGAUAAUUUUCGUCGUCAUUCGGCUCAUGGAAGAAUGUCACCGCCAACAACAACUCAACAACACACCAACUCACCCAGUUUUAUUGUGAACCAAUGUCUACAUUCAAUAAUGUCUGUAAAUAAUGAAAUAUCCAUAAGAGAUGUACAUUCAACGAGCGCUGAACCUACCCAACAACAACAACCACAGCAGCAGUCACAAUCCAAACUACAAAAACAGCAUUCCAGUGAACAGCAACAACAGUCCGAACAACUCCACCAUCAUCACGUACACUAUAGCUAUGAAAAGGAUAUUGUAGGUGAUGAAUCUCAAAUGCAUCCGCACACGCACCACCAGCAGCCAACAUCUAAGCACAACGAGCACUGGCAACAGAGCAACACCAACACUGCGACCACCACCACCUGCACCGCCGACUAUUCACUGCCGUUCAAUCAAAACGAUUCACAAACGCCACAGCAUCGUCAUCAUCAGCACAUGCCACGGAAGCAAUCCUCGGCGCAUGGCCACAGCCACAGUCCACAUCCUAGUCGACAUACCUCGCCGCACAGCCGCCAUACUUCUCCACACAGUCGUCACACUUCGCCACAUAGCCGUCACACCUCUCCACACAGUCGACACACCUCACCGCAUAGUCGUCACACCUCCCCACACAGUCGCCACACCUCUCCGCAUAGUCGCCACACCUCGCCACAUGGCGCCGGACACGGUCAUAGCCACAGUCAUGGCCAUUCCCACUCCUCACCACAUCAAUCGACUCAUCAUCAUUCAUCGCGUGAUCAGCAUCAACACAAUGGUACAGAUGCCACCGAACCAUUUGUUCGCAACAGUGCUUUGAGGGCAUCAGUCAGGAGUACUUCUUCCCACAUGCAUGCUCGUAACCAUUCCCAUCACCACCAUCGCCGACGUAAACCCAUUACAAAUGGAGGAGGUCAUAACAAUGCCGACAUGCAGCAUCACCACGAAAUUCCCGCUCAUUCCACUCUACGCACCCAGAGCACCACGCAUUCAACACACACAUGCACACGUCGCCAUCGCUCUGUAACAGACUUAUCCAAUGCAUCCCUUAAUACCUGUAACGAUCCCACAUGCACCGACCGGGAGGUCCAAGAAAUUUUCGUGCAUAAAUCCUCAGCCUGUUGCUCGGGUUCUAGGCCAGAGCUGGCCCAGUAUUUUGCCGAGGAUCUCUAUGGUACAUCAUCGCGUAGACCAUCGUCGUGCUGUACCUCCUCCGACUAUUGCUAUCAAACCGAUUCGACCAGCCUCUAUGGAUCGCGUUCCUCUCUGAGUCGCAACAAUUCGGUCAAGUCGGCUUCGGUUACUCUGAGAAAAAAGAAAAUCAGCCAACAGCGCCAACCCAGCUAUCACUCGAUCUCCCUGCGGGCUCUUAACGCUGCCGAUUCUCGGCCCGGCAGCAACAUGGGCUCGCUGGCAUCCAUUUUCGAUCGUGCCAAACAAUAUGCCGAAACCGGUGAGAAGCUACACGACUCUGCGUCCAAGGUAACUAUAGAAAGACAAACUUCGAAAGAUGCUUUAAGUAAUGACCUACCUGAAUAUGCUUGUUCUCCCUCCCCGAUAAGGUGGAGCUUCCUGGCUGAUGGUAAAAAUGACAAAGAUGCUGGCGACUCUACGCUAUCCAAAGGCGACACUGCUGAGAGGAAUGGUACCAAAUCAAAGCCACCAGAGCACAAACGAGUCGUAGACAAACCACAUCAUUCCUCCCAGCAAUAUCACUACCAACAACCCAUAAAGCCAGAGCGUGGCCGCAAGGACCACCGUACAUCCGAACAACCACAGAAGCCGCCUAGAUCUCAUUCUCAACACCGCAAAUCAAUUCCUUCAGAUGAGAUGAGGCCAUCUACGUCAACGUCGUCACGAAAAUGCUGUGACAGUCCAUGCAAGUAUGAAGAGUCCACCAUGGUUCAGUUCCAUCAGGAUGCCGAAGCCUUUAACAACUGUUGCAGCAACUAUAUUCAGUGCAACACCUAUCUAGAUCAGGAUCUACAAAUUACCAGUGAGGAUAUACAUCACUAUCUGGCCAAGGGUCAACAGGAUGUUGGCAACAUAUUGAACAACACCAAGACCUACCCCUUUCAGCCAAGCAAUGCCCUCGAAUUUCAGUAUAAAAAUAAUUUUGCCAACAACAACACUGCCACCAAUACCUUGUCUUCGGUGGAGGGGGCAGAGAGCAUGCGCAGCUAUGACAGUCGUUAUAGACGUAACUCCAGCAAGGAGACAAAUCUCAAUCAAAAUACUUCUCAGCCUUUGUCGCCGGCCAACAUCAACCUAUCUUCGAGCACCAAUAAUAUAAACAUCGUAUUUAGCAGUUCCACGGAGCGCAAUGCAAAUGAGGUGAAGUUCAUCAAUACAACAUCGCGCACUGCCACUUCCAUGCUAACAUCGGAUAGUUCGUAUCUGCCAUAUAGUUAUCCCUCGUACGACUACACCAAUAUGUCGGCAAACUCAACCUUCGACAAACCGCUGGGCAUCGAUGAAAUAUCGGCGAACCUGACCAGGGGAGAUGAUGCGAACGGCGGUACGACAUCAUCAAGUCAACAUUCCUCGUCGCUGCAUUCGCCCGAGCCGCGAGGUGUUUCAUUUGAAUCGUUUGAUGCUGCUUCAGGCCACAAUUUGAUUUCAUCGCACCGGGGCAGCUGUCAGUAUUCACCGACAACACCACGUUCCCCAAUAUCACCCGGUUCACCAGGCUGUUCGUCGACCUAUUCGGCAUCGAUAAAUCCCUCGACAACAUCCUAUGUGCAUUUGCAGCAGCAACAUCCACACUAUGAUUAUCCGCCCGGUAUUCAGCGGUCACAUGUACAUGCGCACACACACUCACAUCAUUCGCAUCAUCAUUUACACGAUCAUCAUUUGCGUGAAAGUUUCAAGAUCAGUAAUGCUUUGAAGAAAGUACGCAAGCGGGCACGUAAAUAUACCGAUUUUUUGCGUAAGAAAUAAGUGAACAUGAGAGAGCCGGACAAAAGAAACAAAA